GAGCAGAUGUACAGGGUUUGCCUGACUCACACUCAAGGUUGCAUAAGCAAGAUUUCAAAAUUAAUCCUAUUCUGGAGACCUCAACCCAAUGUACAAUGUUCCUGACUGGAAAAGAAGAACUAUAUUUUUCUGAUUUUUUUUUUCAAAUCUUUACCAUUAGUUGCCCUGUAUCUCCGCCUUCACUUUCUGCAGGAAACUUUAUUUCCUACUUCUGCAUACCAAGUUUCUACCUCUAGAUCUGUUUGGUUCAGUUGCUGAGAAGCCUGACAUACCAGGACUGCCUGAGACAAGCCACAAGCUGAGCAGAGAAAGUGGAUUGAACAAGGAGGCAUUUCCCCAGUACAUCCACAACAUGCUGUCCACAUCUCGUUCUCGGUUUAUCAGAAAUACCAACGAGAGCGGUGAAGAAGUCACCACCUUUUUUGAUUAUGAUUACGGUGCUCCCUGUCAUAAAUUUGACGUGAAGCAAAUCGGGGCCCAACUCCUGCCUCCGCUGUACUCGCUGGUGUUCAUCUUUGGUUUUGUGGGCAACAUGCUGGUUGUCCUCAUCUUAAUAAACUGCAAAAAGCUGAAGUGCUUGACUGACAUUUACCUGCUCAAUCUGGCCAUCUCUGAUCUGCUUUUUCUUAUUACUCUCCCAUUGUGGGCUCACUCUGCUGCAAAUGAGUGGGUCUUUGGGAAUGCAAUGUGCAAAUUAUUCACAGGGCUGUAUCACAUCGGUUAUUUUGGCGGAAUCUUCUUCAUCAUCCUCCUGACAAUCGAUAGAUACCUGGCUAUUGUCCAUGCUGUGUUUGCUUUAAAAGCCAGGACGGUCACCUUUGGGGUGGUGACAAGUGUGAUCACCUGGUUGGUGGCUGUGUUUGCUUCUGUCCCAGGAAUCAUCUUUACUAAAUGCCAGAAAGAAGAUUCUGUUUAUGUCUGUGGCCCUUAUUUUCCACGAGGAUGGAAUAAUUUCCACACAAUAAUGAGGAACAUUUUGGGGCUGGUCCUGCCACUGCUCAUCAUGGUCAUCUGCUACUCGGGAAUCCUGAAAACCCUGCUUCGGUGUCGAAACGAGAAGAAGAGGCAUAGGGCAGUGAGAGUCAUCUUCACCAUCAUGAUUGUUUACUUUCUCUUCUGGACUCCCUAUAACAUUGUCAUUCUCCUGAACACCUUCCAGGAAUUCUUCGGCCUGAGUAACUGUGAAAGCACCAGUCAACUGGACCAAGCCACGCAGGUGACAGAGACUCUUGGGAUGACUCACUGCUGCAUCAAUCCCAUCAUCUAUGCCUUCGUUGGGGAGAAGUUCAGAAGGUAUCUCUCGGUGUUUUUCCGAAAGCACAUCACCAAGCGCUUCUGUAAACAAUGUCCAGUUUUCUACAGGGAGACAGCGGAUGGAGUGACUUCAACAAACACGCCUUCCACUGGGGAGCAGGAAGUCUCGGCUGGUUUAUAAAACGAGGAGCAGUUUGAUUGUUGUUUAUAAAGGGAGAUAACAAUCUGUAUAUAACAACAAACUUCAAGGGUUUGUUGAACAACAGAAACCUGUAAAGCAGGUGCCCAGGAACCUCAGGGCUGUGUGUACUAAUACAGACUAUGUCACUCAAUGCAUAUCCAACAUGUGCUCAGGGAAUAAUCCAGAAAAACUGUGGGUAGAGACUUUGACUCUCCAGAAAGCUCAUCUCAGCUCCUGAAAAAUGCCUCAUUACCUUGUGCUAAUCCUCUUUUUCUAGUCUUCAUAAUUUCUUCACUCAAUCUCUGAUUCUGUCAAUGUCUUGAAAUCAAGGGCCAGCUGGAGGUGAAGAAGAGAAUGUGACAGGCACAGAUGAAUGGGAGUGAGGGAUAGUGGGGUCAGGGCUGAGAGGAGAAGAAGGGAGACAUGAGCAUGGCUGAGCCUGGACAAAGACAAAGGUGAGCAAAGGGCUCACACAUUCAGCCAGGAGAUAAUACUGGUCCUUAGCCCCAUCUGCCACGUGUAUUUAACCUUGAAGGGUUCACCAGGUCAGGGAGAGUUUGGGAACUGCAAUAACCUGGGAGUUUUGGUCGAGUCCGAUGAUUCUCUUUUGCAUAAGUGCAUGACAUAUUUUUGCUUUAUUACAGUUUAUCUAUGGCACCCAUGCACCCUACAUUUGAAAUCUAUGAAAUAUCACGCUCCAUUGUUCAGAUGCUUCUUAGGCCACAUCCCCCUGUCUAAAAAUUCAGAAAAUUUUUGUUUAUAAAAGAUGCAUUAUCUAUGAUAUGCUAAUAUAUGUAUAUGCAAUAUAUAUAUAGGCUCUUGCUUGAUCUCUCCAGGAGGUAGUGAUUAUGAGAAGGGGGUGGAGAAUGAUGAGUUCCUUCACCAGGAGCAAAGGACGGGGAUCGUGUGUAACCACUGCAGAACUAUUUCCGGAAUCAACUAAGUGGAGAGCCAGGAAGGCUGCAUCAGAACCCAGUAAAGCUUCUUGUCUGGAUCUGAGCUGGUUUGUUUUGUGCUUGCUUUUCCCUGCCUUGCCACUCCCCUCGCUCUUCUCUUUUCCCCCACAGCCUUUUUCACAUAGCUCUUGGCUGUAGGAUUGCCCCACUCCAAAAACCAGUGUGUGGAGGUCCAGGAGCGAGACCAGGAAAGAAUGUGAAAGUGACUACACAAGGACUCCUCGAUGGUCGUGGAAAAGGAAAGUCAAUUGGCAGAGCCCCUGAAGCCAGUCUUCAGGACAGAGAAGGAGCCUAGAGACAGAAAUGACAGAUCUCUGCUUUGGAAAUCACACAUCUGGCUUCACAGAUGUGUGAUUCACAGUGUGAAUCUUGGUGUCUACGUUACCAGGCAGGAAGGCUGAGAGGAGAGAGACUCCAGCUGGGUUGGAAAACGGUAUUUUCCAAACUACCUUCCAGUUCCUCAUUUUUGAAUAUAGGCAUAGAGUUCAGACUUUUUUUAAAUAGUAAAAAUAAAAUUAAAGCUGAAAACUGCAACUUGUAAAUGUGGUAAAGUGUUAGUUUGAGUUACUAUCAUGUCAAACGUGAAAAUGCUGUAUUAGUCACAGAGAUAAUUCUAGCUUUGAGCUUAAGAAUUUUGAGCAGGUGGUAUGUUUGGGAGACUGCUGAGUCAACCCAAUAGUUGUUGAUUGGCAGGAGUUGGAAGUGUGUGAUCUGUGGGCACAUUAGCCUAUGUGCAUGCAGCAUCUAAGUAAUGAUGUCGUUUGAAUCACAGUAUACGCUCCAUCGCUGUCAUCUCAGCUGGAUCUCCAUUCUCUCAGGCUUGCUGCCAAAAGCCUUUUGUGUUUUGCUUUGUAUCAUUAUGAAGUCAUACGUUUAAUCACAUUCGAGUGUUUCAGUGCUUCGCAGAUGUCCUUGUUGAUGCUCAUAUUGUUCCCUAUUUGGCCAGUGGGAGCUCCUAAAUCAAGUUGGCUUCUAAUCAAAGCUUUUAAACCCUAUUGGUAAAGAAUGGAAGGUGGAGAAGCUCCCUGAAGUAAGCAAAGACUUUCCUCUUAGUCGAGCCAAGUUAAGAAUGUUCUUAUGUUGCCCAGUGUGUUUCUGAUCUGAUGCAAGCAAGAAACACUGGGCUUCUAGAACCAGGCAACUUGGGAACUAGACUCCCAAGCUGGACUAUGGCUCUACUUUCAGGCCACAUGGCUAAAGAAGGUUUCAGAAAGAAGUGGGGACAGAGCAGAACUUUCACCUUCAUAUAUUUGUAUGAUCCUAAUAAAUGCAUAAAAUGUUAAGUUGAUGGUGAUGAAAUGUAAAUACUGUUUUUAACAACUAUGAUUUGGAAAAUAAAUCAAUGCUAUAACUAUGUUGAUAAAA